UUUUUCAGUUGUUGAUAUGACAUAGUUACCCUUGUUAUAUGGUGGUGACAUUGGAAGACUGAGAAGUGGUUACUAGGGUUCAGUCGCAAUGAGCUUGUCUCUCAUUCAAGGCUAUUCCUCUGCCGAAGAAGACGAAUCUCACCAACCUCCCAUCCAUGAUUCCGACACCGACGACCAAGAAUACGCCGACCAAAACGCCGGCGAACCCUCCGCCGCGUCCCAUCCAUCUUUAGGAGAUAGAUCCAUCUUCGAUCACCUCCCCCCUCCUCCUUCAUCUUCCGGUCUUCCUUCUGCAUUCGACGCUUUCUCCGAAAUUCCAGGACCACCUCAAUUCCUCAACAAUAGUGUGGAUGAGUUCAAUCCAGCAAAAGAGGCUGAUCAACGAGGCUCAAGGAGGCAACGCAGGGAGAAGAAGGAUUUACCCACAGGUGCUGUAGUAGAGGCAAAAGCUCAACUAGUUGGGAUUCACGAGCGAGUAAGAAGUGACAUCAAUGGUGGCCAACCAGCAACACCAGCUGCCUUGAGCACACCAGAAGUUGUUAAGCGGGUGCCAACUGCAACAAAUCCUAAUGCUGAAGAUGCUGCAGAGCUUUUGAGAAUGUGCUUGCAGUGUGGAAUUCCCAAGACCUACUCCAGUGCGCGUGGAAUGGUCUGCCCUGUAUGUGGUGAUCGGCCUCCACCGGAUCCAAAUGCAGAGUCAAAGAAGAAAGGAUCAACUAUAAAAGAUAAGGAAAAAUCUAAAAGGAUGAGGGGUCAAUCAUCUCAUGCAAGUUGGAAAAGUGAAACAGAGAUGCAGUUAAGGCAACAUUUUGAUUAGCAUUAUCUGUUUGUACUUGUAGGCUAGGUCUCCUUUGUAUAAUGUGACAACAAGUUUGGGACUAUGUUGUUAAAUUAGCAAAGUUUGUUGUUAAUUAUGUCAACCAAAGGAAAAGAUCCUACAUAUGACCGGGCUUUAUGAUUAGAUAUUUUUUAAUAGUGAUUGGAGUUAGAUUUUUUUU